AUGUACCAACAAAUGACCCUCAACACCACACUCUUCCCGGCAAAGCUGCAGUCCCCAUUAUUCGCCCAUGACGGAAAGUCUCUCGUCUCCGGCAUAGCCAAAGAGAUCAAGUUCCAUCAUCCUAGAUACCGAGCUGAAGCACAGACAUUCCUUAUUCUGCCUGCCUGCGACGAGAACGACACUAUAGAUCACGAGAUUGCGCGCGCAGCGUGUGCCAUCAUCGCCUGUAACCCAAAUGAUGGAUUCUUCACCACCGACGAAGCAGGAGCUAACCGAGUGACUGAAUCACAGCUACCAUAUCGUGAAGAGGGAUAUUUCUUCCAAGCACCUAGUUCCGACCAGCCGUACCCGGUUUUCCCUUCUUUCAGACGGUGGUAUCUCCCUAACCCUGGACAGCUUCCGUCGCCCUGGAACGACUGCAGGAUCCCUCUUGCACCGGACAGAACCGUACAUCGUGCCACAGAUGCCUCGAGCGAUAUCCUCGCACGUGACAAGACCUGCAGGAUGACGGCCUUCGCGCUGGGGACCGAAACGGCACAUAUCGUUCCAAAGGCAGAAAAAGAAUGGAUGUACAGCAAGGGCAGGACGGAUGAUGGGGGGAAUGACUUUUGCUGGCAUGGUAGCCGCUAUGUUUGUGGUUGGGAUGGGAGUGAGCACGCCCGAGAGGGCGGCAAAUCCUUAUGCGGCAAUGGUUGGGCCUCCUGA